ACCCGCCCGCCGACCCGCUUGAGACCGAGCGCAGCGCAGCGCCGCCUGGCACGCACCGGCAUGGCUAAGGGCACGGCCAUCGGCAUCGACCUGGGCACCACCUACUCGUGCGUGGGGGUGUUCCAGCACGGCAAGGUGGAGAUCAUCGCCAACGACCAGGGCAACCGCACCACCCCCAGCUACGUGGCGUUCACCGACACGGAGCGGCUGAUCGGCGACGCGGCCAAGAGCCAGGUGGCGCUGAACCCGCAGAACACGGUGUUCGACGCCAAGCGGCUGAUCGGCCGCAAGUUCGGCGACGCGGUGGUGCAGGCGGACAUGAAGCACUGGCCUUUCCAGGUGAUCAGCGACGGCGGCAAGCCCAAGGUGCAGGUGAGCUACAAGGGCGAGACCAAGGCCUUCUUCCCCGAGGAGAUCUCGUCCAUGGUGCUGACCAAGAUGAAGGAGAUCGCCGAGGCGUACCUGGGCGGCCCGGUGACCAACGCGGUGAUCACCGUGCCCGCCUACUUCAACGACUCGCAGCGCCAGGCCACGAAGGACGCGGGGGUGAUCGCGGGGCUGAACGUGCUGCGCAUCAUCAACGAGCCCACGGCGGCCGCCAUCGCCUACGGGCUGGACCGCGGCGGCAGGGGCGAGCGCAACGUGCUCAUCUUCGACCUGGGCGGCGGCACCUUCGACGUGUCCAUCCUGACGAUCGACGACGGCAUCUUCGAGGUGAAGGCCACUGCCGGCGACACGCACCUGGGCGGGGAGGACUUCGACAACAGGCUGGUGAACCACUUCGUGGAGGAGUUCAAGAGGAAGCACAAGAAGGACAUCAGCCAGAACAAGCGCGCCGUGCGGCGCCUGCGCACCGCCUGCGAGCGGGCCAAGCGCACGCUGUCGUCCAGCACGCAGGCCAGCCUGGAGAUCGACUCGCUGUUCGAGGGCACCGACUUCUACACGUCCAUCACCAGGGCGCGCUUCGAGGAGCUGUGCUCGGACCUGUUCCGCGGCACGCUGGAGCCCGUGGAGAAGGCCCUGCGAGACGCCAAGCUGGACAAGUCCCAGAUCCACGAGCUGGUGCUGGUGGGUGGCUCCACGCGCAUCCCCAAGGUGCAGAAGCUGCUGCAGGACUUCUUCAACGGGCGCGAGCUCAACAAGAGCAUCAACCCCGACGAGGCGGUGGCCUACGGGGCGGCGGUGCAGGCGGCCAUCCUGAUGGGGGACAAGUCGGAGAAGGUGCAGGACCUGCUGCUGCUGGACGUGGCUCCGCUGUCGCUGGGGCUGGAGACGGCGGGGGGCGUGAUGACGGCGCUGAUCAAGCGCAACUCCACCAUCCCCACCAAGCAGACGCAGGUCUUCACCACCUACUCGGACAACCAGCCGGGGGUGCUGAUCCAGGUGUACGAGGGCGAGAGGGCCAUGACCCGGGACAACAACCUGCUGGGGCGCUUCGAGCUGAGCGGCAUCCCGCCGGCCCCCAGGGGCGUGCCCCAGAUCGAGGUGACCUUUGACAUCGACGCCAAUGGCAUCCUGCACGUCACGGCCACGGACAAGAGCACCGGCAAGGCCAACAAGAUCACCAUCACCAACGACAAGGGCCGCCUGAGCAAGGAGGACAUCGAGCGCAUGGUGCAGGAGGCCGAGAGGUACAAGGCGGAGGACGAGGUGCAGCGCGACAGGGUGGCUGCCAAGAACGCGCUCGAGUCCUACGCCUUCAACAUGAAGAGCGCCGUGGAGGACGAAGGGCUCAAGGGCAAGAUCAGCGAGGGUGACAAGAAGAAGGUGCUGGACAAGUGCCAGGAGGUGAUUUCCUGGCUGGACGCCAACACCCUGGCCGACAAGGAUGAGUUUGAGCACAAGAGGAAGGAGCUGGAGCAGGUGUGCAACCCCAUCAUCAGUGGCCUGUACCAGGGGGCGGGAGGCCCCAGGGCGGGUGGUUUUGGGGCUCAGGCUCCCAACGGGUCUUCUUCCUCUGGCCCCACCAUUGAAGAGGUGGAUUAGAGGCCGUCUCUUCCAUUGCCACAGAGGAGCCCAAGGACUUGGUAUAUUCGUAUAUUUUCCUACUGUUUAUCUUUUAGUUAAUCUAAAGUUUGGGUGUAACCUUACCAUUAACUUGGUUGUCUUUAUUAUUUCAGUGUUAUAUAAUCAGUGUGUUCAUUUGAAUUUCUGCAUUUAAUUGGGUUGGUACUGCUCUGGUCUUUCCUCUCUCUACCUCCCAAAUGACUCAAUACUGCCACCCUGUGUCCCAUUUUUUUCUUUGGCAACACACCAACAAUCCUGGAUUUUUUAAAAAAAUUAUUUGUAUAAUAAUGAAAACGAAAAAUAAAAUGUUAAA